UAGAGGCUCGGCCCAUGUAAACAUUCCCCAACAGGAGACAGGAGCGAGGAAAACGUGACUCGACACCCUCUUGACGUUGCGAAUGAGAGAUCUUCCUCACUGGUGAAGGAUGAUGAGCCAGCGGCGUGGGAUCCAUCUGGACCAAUCAGAGCUGCUUUGCACAAAAGGAUGUGGUUUUUAUGGCAACACCGGCUGGCAGGGCCUGUGCUCCAAGUGCUGGCGAGAGGAAAAUCAGCGAGAGAAGCAAACCCAGAUUCAAGAGGACUGGGCACUUGCUGAGAGGCUGCAGAGAGAGGAAGAGGAAGCCUAUGCAAGCAGACAUCCGAAGGCCGAGCCGCAGCCCGCCGUCACACCCUUCAGCAAGUUUGAGGAAAGAAAGACGAAGGAAAAGUCCAGCAAAGUAAACACCGUCACAAAGUUUUUUACUGCUUCCACAAAAACAUCAAAAAAAGGCACUCCUUUUGAGUCUCAGUCCAGCCCGAGCUCCAGCUCCUCUGCCGGCCAGCGCUCCUCUGUGGACAGUGACCAUGCAACACGAGAGUUCAUUGACUUUCUCAAGCCCCUGAAGUCCGGCAGGGAGAUCUUCAAGCAGUGCCGGGCCUUCACUGAGAGCAUGGUCUAUAAGCGGGACAUGGGCGCUGAUGAGCUGUCUGAGUGUGUACAGGACUUCUACCAGAAUCUAUCAGACCGCCUCCACACCCAGUUCAAAGGUUCGUCAGAACAUGUGGAGAGCGUAAUGGAUGAAGUAGAAAAGUACAUGAUGACUCGUCUCUACAAGGAGGUCUUCUGUCCCGAGUCCACAGACGAUGAGAAGAAAGACUUGGCCAUUCAGAAGAGAAUCAGAGCCUUGCAUUGGGUCACCAUUGAGAUGCUGUGUGUUCCGGUCGACGAGGAGAUCGCUGAGUCGUCAGACAGUGUAGUCAAAGCCAUAACAGACGUGAUUGAAAUGGAUUCAAAGUGCGUGCCCAAGGAGAAGCUGGCGUGCAUCACUCGUUGCAGCAAGCACAUCUUCAACGCCAUCAAUAUCAGCAAAAAAGAGGCUGCAUCUGCAGAUGACUUCCUCCCGACGCUCAUCUACAUUGUGCUGAAAGCAAACCCGCCGCGCCUGCAGUCCAACAUCCAGUACAUCACCCGCUUCAGCAACCCGAGCCGACUGAUGACCGGAGAGGAUGGCUACUACUUCACGAAUCUGUGCUGUGCGGUGGCCUUCAUCGAGAAGCUGGACGGUCAGUCUCUGAACCUGAGCUCGGAGGAGUUUGAGCGCUACAUGUCGGGCCAGGCAUCCCCCCAAUGGCCACAGUCCACCGGGGCUACUUCCUGCCCCCCAGGCAGCACGACUCAGGUCCACCAACGGCUGGACCUGCUGGACGGGCUCGGGGAAAGACAGGAGCAGGUCAUGGUGAAGGCUCGCCAGCUGGAGGGCGACCUCAUCGACUGGACGGACGACGUGGAGCAGAAGGUGCAGAGCGUUCUGGAGAGCUUCCCACCGGGGACGCAAAACCCGACUGCGACCGAGGCCAGCGGGUCGACGACUUCGGCGGCGUCGGCGUCGGCGUUCGACUCCGAUAACGUGGAGAACGAGCACCUGCCCCCACCUCUGCUCCCGCAAGUGUUUGCUGGUUGACGUACAGAGGUCUGCUCGACAAUAAACGUUCCUCUGGAGGCUUCACUCCCCCUUUCCCCCACGGUUAAACGUUACUGUCCCGUAUGCACACAGCAUCCGUCUGUUCCACUCCGGCCAUUUCUAUUCCCUCCUUCCGUAGUCCGAGAGGCCCUGAUAUUAUUACCCUGAACGGUCACCAAACUAUAGAUUUAAAGGCAUAGUUUGGCAUUUUGGAAAGCCCACUUAUUUGCUUUCUGAACGAGUUAGAUGCAAAGAACCAUAACCACUCAUGUCUGUACGGUAAAUAUGGAGAUUAAUGCAAAGGAGCAGACUGACUCCAAGGUCAUAUCGACCACAGCUGUGGCCCUCAAGCAGUACUUCAGUUCUUAGUUAUCCGUGUUAUUGUAGUUACAUUUAGUGUGUGUGUGUGUGUGUGUGUGUGUGUGUGUGUGUGUGUGUGUGUGUGUGUGUGUGUGUGU